AUGAAUUCACUCAGUGCAGCAAACACCCGCUUUGCAUUUGAUCUGUUCCAACAGUUCAAAACAUCAAAAAAGGGUGACAACAUCUUCUUCUCGCCUCUCUCCAUCUCAUCAGCAUUAGCCAUGACCUACCUAGGUGCCAAAGAAAAUACUGCACUUGAAAUUGGGAAGGUCCUUCACUUUAAUGAAGCCACAGAGAGCACAACAGGAAGAGCUACAACAGAUCAUGUUGAAAAGACGGAAAAUAUACACCACCAAUUUCAAAAGCUUCUGACCGAAUUAAAGAAACCCACUGAUGUAUAUGAACUGAAUAUGGCCAACAAGCUCUAUGGAGAAAAAAAAUAUCAAUUUCUUCAAGAAUACAUGGAUAACAUUAAGAAAUUUUACCUAGCCAGUGUGGAAUCUGUUGAUUUUAACAAUGCUGCAGAAGAAAGUCGUAAGAUGAUAAAUUCCUGGGUGGAAAGCCAAACUAAUGAAAAAAUCAAGGAUAUGUUUCCCAAAGACUCUCUUAACCAUACCAUUCUGGUUCUGGUGAACGCAGUCUAUUUUAAAGGACAGUGGGACACCAAAUUUGAUACAAAAAACACAGUGGAGAAAGAAUUCUGGCUGGACAAGGACACAAGCAAACCUGUGCAGAUGAUGAGACAAUCUAACGUUUUUAAUUUCACCUCACUGGAGGACUUGCAAGCCAAGAUCCUAGAAAUACCAUACAAAGGCAAAGAUCUAAGCAUGAUGUUGCUGCUGCCACACGAAGUAGAUGGUCUGCAGAAGCUUGAAGAUCAACUCACUGCUGAGAAACUAAUAGAGUGGACGAGCUCACAGAAUAUGAGCAAUGGGCAGGUGGAUUUACACUUACCCCGGUUCAAAGUAGAAGAGAGUUAUGAGCUCAAGGCCACGCUGAAAGCCCUGGGAAUGGUGGAUGCCUUCAACACAAAGAGUGCCAACUUCUCAGGCAUGACAGGGAGGCAGGAUCUUGUGGUGUCUAAAGUCAGGCACAAGUCCUUUGUGGAGGUCACCGAAGAGGGCACGGAGGCUGCAGCCUCCACAGACGUAGAAGUUAUUGCCAAAUCAGCACCAACCUAUCCUUUUCAUUGCGAUCACCCUUUCCUGUUCUUCAUCAAGCACAAUAAGACCAACAGCAUCCUCUUCUUGGGCAGAGUCUCUUCCCCUUAGAUGCAAUUAGCCUGCCUCUAUUGAGGAGGAAAUUCACAUUUGUUCCAGUACAUGCACUGCGAGAAACAACAGAUUCUCUUUAGUUUUUUUUCCUUUCCAAUCUCACAGUCAUCACUAAGAAUAUAAUGGUUGAAAUGGAAAUAGCCUGUCUGUCUCUCUCCUUCUACAAACAUGUAAACCUACUUCAUCUCCCAGUGAAAAUUCCCCUUUGGAC